AUGGCCAUUAACGUCCUCAUCCUUUUCCCCCCCCUCCUCUUGAGCAUCACAUUCACCACUACCGCAGCCUUCCCAUCAUCCGCCUUCCGGCCCGCGCCCCCUGCCAUCCACAUCAUCGCCGCCCGCGAGACGACCGCCCCGCCGCCGUUCGGCUCCUCGCGAACCCUCGUCGACCUCCUCCUCCAGGCCCUCUCUCCGUCAAUCACGGCCGAGGCGAUCGAUUACCCGGCUGCCGGAGGCGAGGCGUACAGCGCGAGCGUGGCGGCCGGGAUCGAGGCGGUGGUGAGGCAGACGGGCGAGUUUGCCGAGCGGUGUCCCGGGAGUCGGGUUGUCAUGCAUGGGUAUUCCCAGGGCGCGCAAAUCAUGGACGAUGCCUUCUGCGGCGGACCCGACCUGCCGAGUUUCAACUCCACGGGGAGGAGGCUCGUCCCAGCCGCCGUGGCCAACAGCACCGUGGCCAUCAUCCUGAUGGGCAAUCCACGACAUGUCGACGGCCUGCCGUUCAACGUUGGGAAUGCUACGGCUGGCGGAUUCGCUGCUAGGCCGGUGGGCUUCCGGUGCCCUGAAUUCCAGGACAGGAUCCGGGCCUACUGCGACUCGCCCGACCCGUUCUGCUCCAACGGAAACGACCCGGCCACGCACCAGGGGUAUGGGCAAGAGUUUGGGCAGGAUGCCCUGCAGUUCGUCAUCACCAAGAUGGCAGUGUCGUCGGCGAGGUCGCGGCCCAUUGCCCCGGCGCUGUCAGUUGCGGGCACGUCGGGAUAGGGCGUUGGCUUUCGAGGCGGGCAGCCCGGCUGAAAGAUAGGGCUGAAUUCCAGCAAGCCUGCAGCCUUGGCGAGUCUUUCGUGUCCGCCCCUGCGUGUUGCAAUUCAUAGAUCAUAGCAACAUGCCCCCAGCACUGGAUUGAAG